UCUUACGUACGCUUCUCGCGCGCCCUUUACGAUGGGCUCAAGCGAUCGCGCACGACGGAGGAAGACAAUGAUCAGCAAGUGGACGGUGAAACCAGGGAUGGAGCGGUGGAAACCGAGAGCGGUAGCGGAAACACCAGUGUUGAAGCGCUGCAGGCGGAUACGUUGGGUUGCAUGAUCUAUGAUGUCCUGACGACGUUCAAAAGCGAACGUACCGAAGCAAUAGAGCGCAUCCUCACCGGUUUUGUAAAUCAGGGCCUGUCCAUUAGUGGGGCAAUGGCGGAGAAAAUCCAGGAACGCAUGGGCAGUGAGAUAACGGCAGAAAUAUCCUCGAUGCUCUCGAAGCUCGCUGCCGGUGAUCUCGAGCCAAUCGAAGUGGAACGCUCAGCGGCCGGAGGAUCAUUCCGGCAACCGUCGGCGAAUCUGUCGGUGCCACAGCUGGAGCGCCUGAUCGGCGAGCUAGACAGUCGCAAGGAGAAUGCGAACGGGUUGAAGUCGCAAUUGAUUCGCGCGGCCGUUCGAUCGAACGAUACGGCCAAAGUGGGUGAAGUGCUGCACAAGCUGGAGAGUGAAAACUACGUCGUAAGCCCAGGCAUUUACGGGCAGGUGGUAGAACUGUACGCCACCAGUGGCAAGCUCGAGGAGGCGUUCGAUUUGCUGCGCCGCGUAAAAGCCAAACAGCCCGACUUUGUGCUCGAUCGUAUAAAGGUUGUUCGUGUUGCCCAAGGCCUAUUGGAAGCGGAACGUUUCGAGGAUGCGCUUCGUUUCCUACAGGACAAUGCUCCACAGGAAGUAGCACAAAGUGCGGAUUCGGAGCAAACGGAAGAGGUCGAUUUCGUGUACAAUAGUGCAUGCUGGCGGUUGCUGAACAUUCUCGCCGAAAAGGGCAACGUACAGCAGGUUGGCGCACUGUUCGAUCAUCUGAUCACUCAGCGCUUCAUCAAACCGCAGAACAUUUUCCUCGGCUCUCUGAUCAAGGUGCACCUUGUGCGUGACGAUCUGACGAGCGCAAUGAAUGCAUUCGAGCAGAUCUGCAACCAGCAUCACAUGACGCCCUGGAAAACGGACCUGACCUGUCGGUUGAUACAAGCCGAGGAUGCCGCCAACUUGCAGCGUCUGACGGAUCUGAGCACGAAGGUACAUGGCGAGGUUAACAGCCUGUACGAUCUGGUGUUUGCAUCCGUCGACUGUGGCCGCAUUCGGCAAGCGAGAAAAAUCCUCGAAACUCCUGGGUUGCGUACGCGAUACCAGCGUAUCCAGUCAGCGUAUCCAGUCCAGUUGGCCGUAUCGGCUUGCGAACGGUACCAGCAGGAAGGUAAAACGGCCAGUCUGGAGGGACUGAUGGAAGCGACCAAGGACCUCAACCACAUCGAUCGCGGCGAAAUCUAUCACAAGUUGCUGCAAAGCUACAUCACCGAACGAGAUGCGGACAAAUCGCUCGGACUUUGGACGCGAAUGCAGGAGGAAAAUGUCGCACCUUCCGACGCUUUUCUUGCCGAACUGGGCGGAUUUUUGAGUUCAAACGGUUACGAAGUACCGUUUGCAGUGCCGGAUCUAAAAGAAUCUAAAUCUUCGACAACGGCGAAAGUCGCUGGCACUCCGCCAGCUCCGAGUGCUGCCCCGCCGAAACGUGUCCAACCCGUGCUAACGGCGCCCCUGCGGGAACUUAAGCAAGCGAUCAAAUCAUCUAACCUGGACCGCAUUCUAGACGCGUAUGAAAAGGUCGAUUCCAGAGAAAAACUGAACCUUACGGAGCAAUCAGCCGUCAUCGACGCUCUGAUUAAUCGCGACCGUCUCACGGAGGCCACGAAGCUGGUGAUGAAUAUCCUGGAGCAGAAACUUUUCCCCAUUCCGCGCACGUUCAAAUUUUUCCUCAACAAACUGGCCCUGACGGGAGAUGUGGAGACGUUUGAUCGUAUCUCAGCGCUCAUCUCCGAUGACCUGAAGCGACAGAUUUCGUUCGAUAAUCGACUAUGUCACGCCAACGUGACCGGUGGUAACGCUGAUCAGUAUCUGCGGCGCUUGGAGCAAGAAGCGGAGAAGAUUAAGGACAAGGACGAAGCUCUUGUUGCGGUGAAACACUUCCCCGUCGGUGGUGCUUCUUGCAUUCUCGCGGAACGUCCGGAACUGCACGAUCGUUACAUGCGCCUGGCUGAAAGUUACGCCAAGUGGAACCUGCUGGCACCGAUCAAUGCCCUCUGGAUACACUAUUUUAUCGCCGGAGAAAUGGAGAAAGCGCGCGCGGUUUGGGACCAACAUCUGGCCCCCAGCUCACGCAUAAUGUUCCAGAAGGUCAUUCAAGUGGCACGCGACACCAAGAACGAUGCAAUGUGCCGGCGUUUGCUCGACCAUUUGCAGGGCUCGAAGGUGUCGGAAAAGGGCAAGGGUUUGAUCUAUAGCUGCCUGAUCGACACACUCGUCGCGAAGCAACAACCGGAAGAGGCUUUGGUUGCGCUGGAAGCUGCGCUGAAGGAAACUUGUCUCGAGAAUGUUAACCGAACGGCACUGCGGCGGUUGAGCGAUGCUCUGGCGGCGAAGGGUACAGCUUUCCCCUACACCAUU